CAGCGAAGUGUAAGUGUGUGCAUGUAUAUGUAUAUCCUCUGGGUGGUUGGCGUAUUCCGAGUCCGCCAGUACCCUCCUCAUCAGCAUCCUCAUCAUCCGACCCUCCGAAGAUCGAUCCAGUCCAACAAGCAUCAUGGAACUUCUUCUUCGUCUACUUGUUCUUCAACAUCGAGUUAUUCCAAUCCCAGUCCAUUUGAAAUCCUGUUGAAUACUUUGCAAGGAAAUCUGCCAACACCUUGGAAUGAGUGAAGGUGAACGUGAUACUGAGACUGAAAACAGUGCUGAAACCUGUCGUGUGUGAAAGUUAGGUUGUCAAGAACCUUACCUAGUUAGGUGUCGACCUUACCAUCGAUACUAAGAUCCCAGGUCACCGUGUUCCAUGAUGGACCCAUACUUCGAACUGACCUCGCUCCCUGCCAAAUGAAAGAGCUGAUAACAACAUUCACUGCCAAAUGGAACAACAGCCUUCAGUGUCACUGCCCCAACCUCGGACCUCGGUUCUAGCGAGAGCAUCCUUCACUCAAUCGAGUGACCAAUAACUGAGAUAUCCCAUUUCAAUCCCAAUUGGAACAUCGUCAAGCGAAAAAGAUGAAGGCUCAAUAGUGACCUCAUUGGACGUAGAGAUAGAAAUGUGUGGUGGCCUUUCAAGAGAGAUCGCCAAAGUUUUGUGAUUAACUUGACUCUCGUUGGAUCACAAUCAAGAAGUCUGAGACUUGAGAUAACUCGAGGCCGACGAGUUCAUUGGCCUUCUCCAGUUACCAAGCGAACCACGAUCGACCUUUCCCUUCUUCCUCCCCAAUUUCACCAUGUGAAACCCACGACGAUCUCCUGCUCCUCUUGAAAUCCUUUCUUUGAGAGUGGAACAUUUCUUUUUUGAGAGUGUACAUUGCCCGUAGAAAAUGGGCCCACUGUCACGACGGACCAAGAAGAUGGUCCAUUGUCGGAUAUAUGGGGUCGUUCUCGUGCUCCUGGUGUGGAUGUGUGUCCAUGUGUCGUCAGCGUUUUGUCCAAAAAAGUGCACCUGUUCGUCAAAUGAGAUUGUCUGUCGAAGGAUCGGCCUCACGGCCAUGCCUUUCGACCUUUUGUCUCUCAACGACUCAAGUUUGCUGCAAAACUACACGAAAAUAGAUUUCAGCCAAAACCGAAUCAAAGUGAUUCCCGAGGGUUUUAUCCAGAAAUUCCCCAAUCUCAAAGAAAUAUUGCUUGACAGCAACGGGAUUUCAAAUCUAUCAUCAAGUACCUUCCAAGGAACGACGGCGAUUCAUACCUUGCGCUUGGGGAACAAUGAAUUUCUUGACAUUCCCUUCGAUGCGCUUCAAUCAUUACCCUCACUCAUUUUCUUGGGCCUGGAGCGGAACAUCAUUAGAGGCCUUGGCGAGAGCAACUUGGCCUUUCUCAAGAGAUUGAAAGAAAUAAAUUUGUCCAGCAACCUGAUUUCCAAGAUUACCGACCAAUCCCUGAAGGGUUUGAGCUCUCUGGAGAUUCUAAAGUUGGAAUACAACCAGAUUAGGUCAAUCUCCGCCAAUGCCUUUAGGCCUACACCUAAGAUCCGCGAGUUGUCUCUGGGGAGCAACGAACUGGAGCUAAUGCCUAGAGCAAUUUCGACUCUAACAGCCUUACAAGACUUGCAAUUGGGAAGGAAUCGCAUUGUUCACAUCCCAAACGGUCUAUUCCAAUCUUGUCGGGAUUUGCGGAUCUUGGAUUUGGGAGGAAAUGCCAUAGAGGAGAUUGAUAACGACGCCUUCAGAGACAUUCCCAAAUUGGAAGAGCUGAUAAUCGCCGAAGCCCGUGGAGUGAGCGAGUUUCCCAACUUUAACGGAACCAUUUCCCUGGAACUCUUGAAGCUGGAUCGGGCACAAAUCGAAACAAUUCCACGCAAUCUGUGUGAAUUCUGUCCCAAAUUGAAGAGCUUGGAGUUGAAGAGCAACAAAAUCAGAGAAAUUCCAACAUUGCGCCAGUGCAAGAAGCUUCGCGUCCUGGAUCUGGCUCACAAUGAGAUUCGCCAUUUGAACCCGAGCUCCACCGGUGAAAGCCUAUUCUCCGGCUUGGUUCUAAUGCACGACGUGCUCCUUAAUCAUAAUAACAUCACGGAUCUCAAGGAAAAUGCAUUCAAAGGAAUGGUGAACCUGAAAGUCUUAGACUUAUCGAACAACCGAAUCAAGAAGGUCCAUAAUCGGGCGUUUGUCGGGUUGGAUGAACUUGAAGACAUAAACUUGGGAGUGAAUGAGUUCGACAAAUUUCCCACCGAGGGCCUGAAGAACGUGCUUCACCUAAAGACUCACAACAUCCCCAAUCUGCAGGAUUUCCCAGGCGCUCAGCGUUUUCCUCGAAUCCAAUCAUUGGUCCUCUCAUAUGCCUAUCACUGUUGUCAGUUUCUGCCCUCGACCUAUGAGAAUAUCAUCCCCGAUUACUCGGACUUCGGAGGCCUUCAGGAGACGGUCUUUUUCCCGGGAGAAGGCAACUUUGAUCAUGCCUUAUGGCAUUCCAAUAACUCGGAUAUUUGGUCAAACAAUGGAGUUCAAGAUCCUAACGACUUGUGGUCGGAUUUCAAUCCGGAAGCCUACGAUAACCUGAUCGUGGCCACGCCUCCCCCCGGAAUCCAAUGUUCACCCACACCUGGUCCGUUCUUGCCUUGUAAUGAUUUAUUCGAUUGGUGGACCCUACGUUGUUCCGUUUGGAUCGUGUUCCUGCUCGCUUUGUUGGGAAAUGGUUGUGUGGUGAUCGUCUUGAUUGCCUCGAGGUCAAAAAUGGACGUUCCCCGAUUUCUAGUUUGCAAUUUGGCAAUGGCUGACUUUUCAAUGGGCUUAUAUCUGGGUUUCCUAGCUGUUGUGGACGCAUCGACUCUCGGAGAGUUCAGAAAGUACGCGCUUCCAUGGCAGUUUUCCACGGCUUGUCAAGCGGCCGGAUUUUUUGGCGUGCUAAGCUCCGAAUUGAGCGUGUUCACCCUGGCAGUGAUCACUCUGGAACGAAACUAUGCCAUUACUCAUGCUAUGCAUCUGAAUAAGAGACUGUCCUUGAAGCACGCCUCGUAUAUCAUGGCGUGUGGAUGGUCGUUUGCCUUGAUUAUGGCCACUCUUCCACUCUUGGGCAUCUCGGACUACCGAAAAUUCGCCGUAUGUCUCCCGUUUGACAUUGAAGAUGGAUUGAGUCUGGGUUAUGUCAUUUUUCUCCUGCUCAUCAAUGGAGUGGCUUUUAGCAUAUUGAUGGGAUGUUACCUCAAGAUGUACUGUGCCAUUCGUGGCUCCCAAGCUUGGAAUUCCAACGACUCGCGCAUUGCCAAACGGAUGGCCUUGCUCGUGUUCACGGACUUUCUGUGCUGGUUUCCCAUUGCUUUUCUGUCACUGUUCUCUUGCUUUGGGCUUCAUCUGAUCUCGUUGGAGCAAGCCAAAGUGUUCACCAUCUUCAUUUUGCCCCUGAACUCGUGCUGCAAUCCCUUCCUGUAUGCCAUCCUAACCAAGCAGUUCAAGAAGGACUGUGUAAUGAUCUGUAAAGCUAUUGAAGAGUCCCGAGUCACAAGAGGCAUUGGCAGAUGCCGGCACAGUUCCAAUUUCAGUAACCGACAGACCCCAGCCAACACCAACAGUCUCAACAGUGGAAGUGGUGGCUCUCAUGGAAGCCACUCACGUGGAACCGUGUGCAGUUGCAACGGGAAAAAGAACAAGAAAGGAGCGGCAGUCCUUGCCACCAAAUGGCCAUUCAACAAAAUCAAGCACAUGUUCCAUGGUUGCAAGGAGACGGCACCCAUCAUACCCACCCAGAACGAAUCCUACACCCAACAGAUCGCUCAGAUACAACACAAGUCGAACAGGCAUCCAUCGGUAUCAAGCGACAACUUCUCGUCUUCCAGGUCAGACUCCUGGAGAAAUCAUGGUCAAUGCAUCCCAGGCCUCCGAUUUGGAGGUCCCUCCCGUUAUCGCCAACACCGCCGACGCAAUUCCUGGACGGUCACUCGCAAACCGUCUCAGGAUUCUCAGAUGUCGUCCUCCAGAAAUGACUCGGGAUCCUCCAAUUCAACCAAUACCUGGCGCAUGUCCCGGUCAUCGGUGUCAAGCGAGAUGAGCAAUUCGUUGGCGCGAACGGGCUCAUCGAAAACGGACACAUCCUCUACCAGUGGACCGGGAGUGUUGAAUGGUCCAGGAGCAUUGAAUGGUACCGGCAAAUUUUCGGCUUUGGCACAGAGGACCCAGGCUCGAGCGGCCGCCGCAGCCACAGCAGCUGCCGUGCCAGGGCUCAUGGGCUCUGGCUUACUUCCGGGAGGCCCUUUGCACGCCAAUGGAGGCAUUAUGAAGCCACCUCAUUUGGCGCGCUUGUCUUCCGACAGCUCUAGUUUGUCCUCAAGUAAAGGUGGUUUCGGCAAACCAAGGCUCACUCGACAAACGGCCAUCUUGGCAGAUGCAGAUUCCACGUCGAGUGCCAAGUCAGUCACUUUCCAAGAGCCUCCCGGACGUCCCCAUGGCGGUGGUCGAGGCUGUCCGGUUCACACUGCAGAGUACGUGGCAGCCUUGAAUGGGCAUUAUCGCAGUCUGUACAACAAACUGAUGGAAUCCCACCCAGAAGACGAGGAGUCGGACAUGGAGGCCUCAGACGCUGAGAUUGACGACGAAGCUCACUCCGACAGCAUGCCUUUGGGAACUACUUACCUCACCCUUCGUCAGCAUCUGCAACCAGUGCAAAAUCAAGCAGAAAUAGUGGCUUCACUGACCCCCGUGCCACGCCUUCCGGCAACAGGGCGUUUGGCCGCCGGAUUUGUGCCCCGGAAGUUGAGUACAAUCUCCUCUCAAGGGAGCUUCAAUCGCGACGACGACGAGGAUGAUGAAGCUCUCCAUCUGCCGUUGANCUAG